AACUAUUAACCUGGACAGUGAGAGCUCAGAAUAUGAGCAGGAGGCACCAGAGCUGUACUUCACUGAUCCCCAGCAACUUCUAGAUAUGUUGACAGAGCUGACAGAGCAGAACUUGUCUCUGAUUCAGAACUCUACCAGGGUGGAGGAGACAGUGGAGGAGCUCCGACAGUCCAUGGAGACAACCAGGGCCGAGAUUGAAAAGGAUGAAGAGCAGCUAGCUCUGCAGGUAAAUGACAUGAAGCAGAGAGUUGACAAAGAGAAAGCAAAAGGCAACAAGCUCAAACAGAAAGUCCAGUUCUAUGUCUCACUGAACACCAAGGAACAGGAUGUGCUCCUUGAUGCUCUGGGUGAAAAGAUAACAGAGGUGUAUCACAGCUGUGUGGAUGGCGGUAUAAACAACCUGAGUGUCAUGGAGAAGCUAGGCAGCAUUGAGAACCGGGUGUCUUUACUGCUGCUGAGCCUUGAGAGCAUCCCUGAAGAAAGCUUGAAGAUGAUGAAGAAGAUCAAGGACCGUGAGAGGAGGAGCAGGGAACGUGAAGAAAAGUCGAGAGCGCAGAAAGAGAAACAGAGAGAAAGGAUGAGGAUUUACCUGGAGAGGUCUCUGGCUGACUCCAAGAGAACUAGUGGGAGAAAGCUCAUGCCCAGAUACAUGCCUGUUACCCAGAGAGUCACAGUCAGCAAUGUGGACAACAUCCCUGCUGAGGACGAGCUCCAUGCCUACCUCUUUGACUCUGACGACAUAGAGUAAAAAAGAAAACACACACACACACACACACGAGAAAAUUAUGCAAAGACAAUGGUGUUUAAAAAUGCAGUCACUCCUCGGAUACAGUUGAGGACUGACAAUUUGACAUCAUUACCAUGACAUUAAAUGACUGAAGUGAAAUGUAAUAGAAAUAUGUAAAGUACAAUAAAGCAGUCUGACUGAAGU